CCCCGUCCAUCUUCAACUCAAUUUAGGAACUAUGGGUGGUGGUGCUGUUGCAUCUGCUGGUGGCAAUGGUGGCUUUGCCCAUCUCGUUGACCCCAACCGCAAAUGGUACAACAACAAGCGAAUCAUCGCUUUGAACGGUUGGAUCUUCUUGCUCCUUAUCACUUCGUCGACCAACGGUUUCGACGGGAGCAUGAUGAACGGUCUCCAGUCCAUUCCCGAAUGGAGAGACUACUUCAACAAGCCGUCCGGCUCAAUGCUUGGUCUGCUUAACGCCAUCCAGAACAUUGGUUCAUUGGCUGCCUACCCUUUCGCCCCCUACAUCUCUGACGGGUUGGGACGAAGGAGUUCCAUCUUCUUGGGUGCUGUCAUCAUGUGUAUCGCUACUGUCAUCCAGACAGCUGCUCAGUCGGUCGGAAUGUUCAUUGGCGCUCGUUUCUUGAUUGGUUUCGGUCUCACUUUCGCUGCAAGUGCCGCCCCCAUGUUGGUCACAGAAAUCGCCUACCCCACCCAUCGUGCUGCUUUGACCUCUACCUACAACUCCCUCUGGUACUCUGGUGCCAUCAUUGCGGCCUGGUCCACUUUCGGUACUUUCCAGAUGAAGGGAAGCACCUGGUCGUGGCGUAUCCCCUCCGCUUUGCAGGGUGUCCCCUCUAUCAUCCAAGUUGCCCUCAUCUGGUUCUGCCCCGAGUCCCCUCGUUGGUGUGUCAGCAAGGGCCGCCAUGAACAGGCAUUGAAGACUUUGGCUUACUACCACGCCGACGGCAACGAGGACGAUCCCCUUGUCAAGUACGAAUUCGAGGAAAUCAAAUCCAGCGUGAGCCUUGACUCCGAGGUCGCCAAGAAUAUCGGUUGGAAGACUCUCUUCAGCACCCGCGGCAACCUCAGGCGUAUGCGUAUUAUCAUUGCCCUCGCUUUCUUCUCUCAAUGGUCUGGCAAUGGUCUCGUUUCCUACUACCUCAACAAGGUCUUCAACACCAUCGGCAUUACCGACGGCACCAUCCAGCUCCUCAUCAACGGUCUCUUGCAAAUCUGGAACUUGGCUUGGGCUUUGGCUGCUUCCUUCAUGGUCGAGAGGCUUGGUCGUCGCUUCCUGUUCAUCACUUCCACCAUUGGCAUGAUCAUCUUCUUCUGCUUGCAAACUGCCUGCACUGCCGUCUACGACAAGACCGGUAGCAAGCACGCCGCCAACGCUGUCAUUGCCUUCAUCUUCUUGUUCUACGGAUCCUACGACUUGGCCUUCACCCCCUUGAUUGUGUCCUACACCGUCGAGAUUCUCCCCUACCACAUCCGUGCCAAGGGUUUCGUCGUCUUCAACUUCGCCAUCUCCCUCUCCCUCAUCUUCAACCAAUACGUCAACCCUGUCGCCCUCGACGCCAUCAGCUGGAAGUACUACAUCGUCUACUGCGUCUGGCUCGGCUUCGAGCUCGUCUUCGUUUACUUCUUCGUCAUUGAGACCAAGAACCGAACACUCGAGGAGACUGCUGCCUUGUUCGACGGUGAGGAGGCCGCUGCUCAGCUUAAGGAGGUCGCCCACCACGCCGUCGGUGACGAGAAGGACGAGAAGACUGGCUCAUUCCAGGAGGAUAAGCCCAAGGUCUAA